UAAAAUGACCUGAAGAGCUGUGUGUUUGAUGAUGACUGUUCACAUACAACCUUCCAAGAGUCACUUGAAAAAUGAGCUUCUGUUCUUCUACAGCAAUAUUUUCAAGAACAAAGUGUCCAGAAAUCAAAUGAACAUCCAAAGAAGGGUUUAGAUUCUUCACAUUCUUUUAAAGAACACUUGCCAAGAUGUCAGUCCAGACUACUGCUGGUAGAAAUGCUGGUACCCUCCUGAAAGUGCCUCCUUCCCAGAAAUGCUCUUCCUUGAGUGCUGUCAGCGCCAGCAGCCGCCCGAAGCUGCUUUCCAAGCCUGACACCUCACAGUGCGAAAACCAUGACCCAUCACAGACACCUGCGAGUAAAAUCAGAGACAUAAACAGCACUUACGUUAUUUCUGCCUGUAACAGAUCAGGAGAUCUGCCCCUUUCCCCCAACCCUGUGGGGAGACUGACCCUUCAGAGAAGAGCUACGAGGAACAAAGAGUCAACUUUACUUGGGAGUGAGUUGGGGGACACAAUUGGACCUGCAGCAGACGCCAGUCUUACGUUGCAACGUCGGGGUGCUAGAACAGAUUGUGUGGAGAGGUGGAGGGGAACGCAGAAGGUAGCUGGCGAGGCAGGCCUGCCGCAGGAAACUGGGACAAACGCAAAGGUUCUAAGUAGUAAUAGAAACCCUUCUGUCACCUCCUCUGCAAGUUUCACCAAAGACUCCAGUGCCGCUGAUGAGAAACGCAAAGAAAUGUUUUCUACCCCUGGGGGAACAAAUGAAAACGCUGCACUGAAGUCCUCAAGCAGAAGUGUACCUAUCCAUUCCCAGGGUCAAACCAGGGGACACUCGGCUGGGAAACCUCUCCAGAGCAAAGCAGGAAGCGUGCAACAUGGGAGUACUGGGAAUGUCGUUGCCAGCCAUUCGAACACACUUGGAAGCCUGGAGAAAAGACCCCCAGUGCCAUGUACACCAGAGCACAAAUCCACACCGAAGCGCGGCCUGCCUCUGCCGGAAAGCCCAGGUGCAUCCACGGUGAGAAGCAGGGGGCCCAGUCUUCAAAGGUCGCAAAGUUCUCUUCUUGCAAAUAAAAGGGACAUGUCCCAAGAAAAUACACUCCUUCCUGAAGGCACAACUUCAGUUGUGAACAACAGCUCCACCAAAACAGACCCCUUCAAAGUCGAGAACAGUCAGGUGACCGUGGCGGUCCGAGUGAGGCCUCUUAGCAAAAGAGAGCAGACAGAGAAGGCAUUCCAGGUAGUCUUCAUGAACGGAGAAGAAGUCACUGUGGAACACCCUGACUUGAGACGAGUCUACGCGUUUACUUACGAUGUUUCCUUCUGGUCUUUUGAUGACCGGCACCCUCACUAUGCCAGCCAGCCGGUUGUCUACGAGAGGCUAGCAGCGCCUCUCCUGGAGCGAGCCUUCGAAGGCUUCAAUGCCUGUCUCUUUGCAUAUGGUCAGACUGGCUCUGGAAAAUCCUAUACGAUGAUGGGAUUUAGUGAAGAACUAGGAAUAAUUCCAAGAUUUUGUGAAGAUCUUUUUGCUCAAGUAGCCAAAAAACAAACCCAAGAGGUCAGCUAUCACCUUGAAAUGAGCUUCUUUGAAGUAUAUAAUGAAAAAAUUCAUGACCUUCUGGUUUGUAAAGGUGAUAAUGGGCAGAGAAAGCAACCACUGCGGGUGAGAGAGCAUCCUGUGACUGGACCAUAUGUUGAGGGAUUGUCCAUGAACGUUGUCAGUUCUUAUUCUGAUAUCCAGAGCUGGCUGGAGCUGGGAAACAAGCAAAGAGCCACCGCUGCUACCGGCAUGAAUGACAAAAGUUCCCGCUCCCACUCCGUUUUUACCCUGGUGAUGACCCAGACCAAGACUGAAUUCGUGGAGGGGGAAGAACAUGACCACAGGAUAACAAGCCGCAUAAACCUAAUAGAUCUGGCCGGUAGUGAGCGCUGCUCCACCGCCCAGACCAGCGGGGACCGACUCAAGGAGGGCGUGAGCAUUAACAAGUCCUUGCUAACCUUGGGAAAGGUUAUAUCUGCACUCUCAGAACAAGCAAACCGAAGGAGAGUUUUUGUUCCCUACCGUGAAUCUGUUCUUACAUGGCUCCUUAAAGAAAGUCUGGGUGGAAAUUCAAAAACUGCUAUGAUUGCUACUGUCAGCCCUGCAUCCAGCAACCUGGAAGAAACCUUAAGCACACUCAGAUACGCUAGCCAGGCACGCUUGAUAGUCAAUGUUGCUAAAGUCAAUGAAGAUGUGAAUGCCAGGCUCAUCAGAGAAUUGAAAGCAGAAAUUGAAAAGCUAAAAGCUGCUCAAAGAAGCAACCGGAAUAUUGACCCUGAACGGUACCGGCUCUGUCAGCAAGAGAUAACAUCUCUGAGGAUGAAACUGCAUCAGCAGGAGAGAGACAUGGCAGAAAUGCAGAGGGUUUGGAAAGAAAAGCUUGAACAGGCUGAGAAAAGAAAACUUCAAGAAACAAAAGAGUUACAGAAAGCAGGAAUUACAUUUCAGAUGGACAACCAUUUGCCAAACCUCGUCAAUCUCAACGAAGACCCACAGCUGUCAGAGAUGCUGCUGUAUAUGAUCAAAGAAGGAACAACUACUGUUGGGAAGUGCAGACCGCACGCCAACCAUGACAUUCAGCUGUCCGGGGUCCUGAUUGCUGAUGAUCACUGUACAAUCAAAAAUUUGGAAGGGACAGUGAGUGUUAUCCCCAUUGGGGAAGCAAAGACUUACGUAAAUGGAAGACACAUUCUCCAGCCUACAGUUCUGCAUCAUGGUGAUCGGGUAAUUCUUGGUGGCGAUCAUUAUUUUCGAUUUAAUCAUCCAGUCGAAGUCCACAAAGGGAGAAGACCAUCCAAUAGAGAUACUCUUGCAAGUGAGGCUCCGAAAGACUUUGAAUUUGCCAAAAAUGAGUUACUUGUGGCACAGAGAUCUCAGGCGCUGGCACCCACGCUUGGGGAAGGCUUUGAGCUCGAACUAGAUCACAGGCUGUGUCAUCAGUUGAGACCAGUAAAGAAAGCCCUAGCAGACCACAGCAUCCGCCAUGCAAAAAUUCUGGAAGCUUUAGAAGCUGAGAAGCAAAAAAUUGCUAAAGAACUACAAAUUUUGCAGCAGAAUCAGAGUAAUAGGGAUAAACUGUUGGCAGUUCAGCCCAACUGGAGCUCCAUGAAACUCUCCGUGAUGAUUCAGGAGGCCAACACUAUCAGCAGCAAAUUAAAAAAACAUUAUGCUUUUGGCAGACACGAUGCAUCUGAUAAGGGGCGUUCUGACACUUCUAUUCGGGUUCGUGACCUGCGGCUUGGGAUCUCAACUGUAUGGAGUGUGGAAAAGUUUGAAUCUAAACUUGCAGCCAUGAAAGAACUUUAUGAGAGUAACGGUGUUAGCAGGGGUGACGAUGUGUUUUGCGAUCCUGAAGAUGAGUGGGAGCCUGACAUUACGAACACGUCAGUGUCUUCACUUUCUCGAAGGAGGAGCAGAUGUUUGCUGAAGAACAGGAGGAUUUCUGGUUGUCUGCAGGACUUACAAGUCCACCCGACUCCGAAUCUGCGCCCUUCCCCGCCGGCAGGUUUAAUGGAGAGAUCAAGCAGCAUCUGCUCUCAUUCAACAGAAUCACUUCUUCCUGGAAUUUGCAAAGAACUGAUUGGCUCGUCAAUAGAUUUUCUUGGACAGAAUUAUGAUGAAGAAAAAUCUAUAGCAGAUAGCCUGAUGAGUAAUCUUCUGAAAAUCUAUACUGUGCUGCUCGCCAUUUCUAAAGCCCAUGAAGAGCAGGAUGAGGAGAGUCAGGAGAACUUGUUCUCUCUGGAUCGAGCAGCGCAGUCCCUGGCUGUACAGAUCACGUGUGCUUUCGAUCAGCUUGUGGUUUUACUCAAACACUGGUGGAAUGAGUGUCUACCUUGUCCCAGCAUAGCAAGGCUUGAAGAUGAACUGAGACAAGAAAUUAAAUCGCUGGGGGGCUACCUGCAGUUAUUUCUUCAGGGAUGCUGUUCAGAUAUUUCAUCCAUGGUAAAAGAGGCCCAAAGGAAAGUGAAGCAGGUUAUUCAGCAAGCUGUGAAAUAUGUGGGGCAGUUAGCCGUUCUGAAAGGGAGCAAGCUGUGUUUCCUGGACAACAGGGACAAUCAGACUACCGGUGUCCAGGGAGAAUUCAUGGAUGCUGUUUGUGAUGGUGUGGGCUCAGGAAUGAAGAUCCUGUUAGACUCUGGACUGGAAAAAGCAGAAGAACUUGAACAAGAGCUCUCGAGGCAGUGGGCACAGCAUGAGGUCACUAAGCAGAUGAAAGCUAGUGCCGUGGGACUGAUCAGAUCUCUUGGAGACACCUUCUCUGAAUGGAAAACAAAAAGUUUCAGAGCUCCAGGACAAGAAGAUUGUAGAUUCCAAAACUGCAAGAAGAUGGUUCAUCUUGCCCCCGAAUUAUUGAAGUUAACACACUGCUUAGAGAAAACCAUUCAAAUGGUGAUUUCUGCGCUGAGAGGUAUGCACAAUAAAUGGAGAGACGCCCAACCCCUGAGAAGCCUCGUGGAAGAUUUCUGCAGCGUGGCCGGCCGCGUGCACUGCGGCCUGGGUGAGCUCCUGCCUCCUCUCCUCGUAGCUACAACGGAGACACCGGGAGCCGGCCUGGGGGACCUCGAGGCUCUCGCUAAGUCACUGCUCUUAUGUUUUGAAUCUGAAGAGAGACUCGAUUUGUCGAAAGCCUGGAAAUCUCACAAUCAGAGCGGCGGCGGCGGAGAAGCUGCUCCACCGAGCAGGCCGGGCCACAGCAGAGGCGUCCCCAAGCAUGUCUACCAGCUGCACGCUGCGCCCCCAGAACUGAGCGCAGAGUGGGGCGCACCCGGGGGGAUCCAGUGGGUGUGAAAACCCGGUGGCCGGCCGGGAGGGGCAGGACACCAGCAGGAAAAGGAGGGGAAAUGAGCGGAAGGGAAAGGAUGGAGUGUAAAUAUCUCGGCGAAGCCCAUGUCUCUUCGCUGCCCCACACUGCGUGUGCACAACAUCAGCAUUAUGGGAGCGGCUCUGGCAGCUUCCGUGUGCCAGAAACCCGCGGUUUCUCCACACACAGUGCAAAUGAGGUGGUGGCUGCAUCUCUAGCUGCGUGUCCACAUCUGUGUGCUCCAGCUGCUCCAUCCGUCUGUCCUGACGGCUCUUUCCCUGAGAAGGGAAAUCAGAACAAUCAGUGACUUUAAGUUUCUGUUUCUCCUCCCUGCUACGAGCCUGGGGGAGCUGCCCAGGGAAAUGGCCUACUUUGCAUUAGUAAAUCCCAAAUUUGUUUUUUCCUGAAGGGUUAACUGAGUGGCCAUUUUGAAUAAUAUGCACGCUCGAGGUACGCCUCCUGUUCCUCCCGUGAUGUAAGUAACUCCCUAAAUUAGAGCCUGGUGAUCCAGUGGUGCUGUGCUCACUGGCUUAGUACUCCACUGCAUUACCCAUGGUCCUUAGAGGGGCUAUGGGGUGACAGCCCCAAGCCCAUGUCAGAGACAGGUGGCUGUUCCUUUCCUUGCUUUGCUAAAGGUCUGAUGAAAGUGCUGGCACGUGAUUGGGUGGAGAGGAAAGAUGCUUAUAUUUCUCAGCUUUAAAAGCGCUUUACAACCCGGAUCAUAUUCUGCUUGAUGUUACCUAAAGAAAGCAGUUUGACAUUUUUAACCCCUAGAAUACGUGUAACUCCAAAAGAGACGCAAUAACUCUGCUUGGGCAUGCCUGUGCAGCAUCUGAGAGCAGUGGUUUUUAGUACCCUUGUCACUGG